AUAUUUUUUUAUAGCCUACCAUACAUUAAAUGCAUCGCAUUGUUGUUGAACUCUUUUGGGUAAUCGGCUUUGAAGAAAUUGCAUGAGGAGCAGCAGUACGGUUUUUACUGCAAUUAGGCUCCCAUCCUCAUUGCCUCUCACGGCGGGGUGUCUGAAAAGGUGAGGGAUCUCCUAAAGACAGCUGUCAUGCGCCUAGAUCUUUGAAAAGCUAGGCUAUAACACCUCAAGGUCAAAAAAUCCCUUCAGAUGAUGAGCAAAGCGGUCAGAUUACAAAUUGUAUUUAUAUAACCCCCUUGUUUGCGUGCGGAGUUUUUUUUGUCUAGUUGAAACUGAAAAUCAUGUAAUGUACCAAUUAGGGUCUUGUCCACUUACAGAUGCAUGGUGGAUCGCAUCAGAUUGAAUUAAGAUGGGAAAUGACUGCGCUUGUGCUCGGACAUUAUAUGAGUUCUUGUUAGUCCAACCAAAAUAACUUGCAGAGUGGUAAGAGAGAAUGAAAUAUGACCACAAAACAAAAUAUUCGCCAUAAACAGCCCUUACUGGAAUGCAAAUGAGGCAUCAGUCAUUCACUUGUUAUCUUGUUGUAGGCUAUUGCCUAUAAUAAAACAGCCUGGAUUGAGUAGCCCAAUGAAAGACUGGACAAGGUACAGUUCAAUACAGAUGUAUGUUGAUACAGGUCUCUGCAAUGUGAAUUUGUGGCCCUAAUGACUUAUAAACGUGUUUCAUCUUUUUAUGUCGGGUGUUGGUUAUCAUCUAUUUGAUUAUUCAUGGUAGCCUGAGGCACCAUUGUAACUGCCACACCAAAGCACCCUGUAGGCCUGAUUAUAAUGCUUCUGUUUGCUGACUCCUCGAAAGGCUACAACGCUCUCUGAUCACAACAUUCAAUAUCACGUUGAAACAUUCAUCAUGGCGUAGCCUUUUCAUUGAAGGCAAUGCUUAUGUCUUUCACUAACAUGAUUCAUAGUCUAAAAAGAGAGGGAUGUGUAGUAUAGUUCCUUUCACCACCAACGCAUCCAAGGAGCUGUGGCUUGGGCUACAGUAGACUGAGCACAUCGACCUAAUUUACAUUGCUUACCUCACAAUAGCUUUGCUGAAUGCACAGCAUAUUCAGUAAGAAAGGGGGGAAGGCAAACAGUGGGCCUAUUGAUUAUUCAGCUCAUAGGAUUGGAUGUAUUUGCCAGGAGAAACAAUCUAUUCCCUCUACAAGGUGAAAAACAACAGAUGCAUUUUUGGAUCUUCACGCCAAAGGGAAAAGGAGGGUUCACACCAAAAAAGGAAGACUCUAAAAGCACUGAAGACAAUUCUAUUGAUAGAGAGGGGCCUGUUCACUCAGCCUGCUAAGACAUCCCUCUUCAUUCUGAAACUGAACCAGUGCCACCUCAGACCCCACAGUUCUUUGGGAUCUCCUCGACUGGAGAACGUAGCUGGCGGCUCAUUACAUCCACGGUUUAGGUCACCUCAGCCAUGUUACCUACGGUACCUAUCUAACAUCAAUGGGAAGAAAAUGAAAGGAUUGAAGCGUUAUUUUAUGCCUCUGUGUAGAUCGAUCUGACUGUGUGUGUGUGUGUGUGUGAGAGAGAGAGAGCUAUAAGAUCAGUUGGAUCCAGCCACCCCUUUCAUUAGGCCACGCUAAAUGUAUUUGACCUUUUCCUCCAUAAUUCAGACCUCAUCAAAGUAUGACCCCAAUGGCAAACAAAACACCAGAUGUUAUUGAUGGACCUACCGUAGUAGCAUUGGAAUCUAAUAGGGCAAUGAAAUCUGUGGGACAAUAGUACUGACUCAACGCAGUAUUAGGUUGUCUGAGAAUGAACCUUUAAAGACAUGCCAUCCCAAAGUGAGGUUUUGGUGUUGCCAUGGUAUCAAGGAUGUCACCCUAGACCUAGCACAUCGCAUUGGCAGACACUGAUGUAAAUUGGUAUUCCAACAAACACACACUCUCUGUCUCACACACCCACACAUACUCUUUCUCUGACUCGCUCUCGCAUGUGCACACGCAUGCAUGCACGCACGCACAGACACACAGGCUGAUGGUGUGUUCAGGACAUACUUAAACCGUUCAACACCAAUUUAUCCAGUUUAAUUAAGGAAUGUUUUUAAUCAAACACUAACUAAUUUCAUGUGGUGAACAAUUCUCUCCUAGGUCAACAAAUCAGAACGUGUUUAUAUCAGCAUGAGGGUGUCUGUAAUGCUACCAAGCAUUAAUGUGUUUCUCCUUAUAAAAUAGGAAAUAUCAGUUUCAUACCACAACCUCAAUACAUGUACUGAAAGCAUUUUGCUUCCGAUGGAGAAUGCAGUAUCUAGCUUUGUCUCUGCAGUACCUAGGUGAGACAGGGCCACUACGCAGAAGUUCCAUCUGUAAGCAUGACAAGCAUUAGUUUUCUCUCUCUCUUUCUUUCUUUCUUUCUCUUUCUCUCUCUCCCCCCUCCCGGUUCCAAGCCCAGGGCCCACAGCCCAGCAGCAAUGUGAUGAUGCAGUAGAGGCUUUCUCUAUAUGAGGCCCAGCAUACGUUAGACCAUCUGAAAACAGAUCCCUCAUGACCCAACUGGCCCAGCUGCCUGCCUGCUGCAGAAGUGUGUUUGUGUGUGUGUGUGUGUGUGUGUGUGUGUGUGUGUGAGCGAGAGAGAGUGUGUGUGUAGGAUGCUGUAUAAGGCUUUUCUGGAUGAUCGCUGCCCCAGGGAGAGCAUAGAUAUCCUCCACUAAAACAGUAGUAUGCCUCUGCUGCUGCCAUUGCGCUUGAGUGUCACUGUAAAUGUUGAUGUCUACCAAGCUGCUUUCUAUUAGGAAUAAUCCACCCAUGUGUGUGUGUGAGUGAGUGUGUGCAUAUGUGUGUGUGUCUGAAAGUGUUCUCUAUAUUAUCUAAGGUUUGACAUUCUAAGGUUGAGUAAAGCAUUGAUUAAAUCAUUGAUUGAUUAUCUAGUUAUUUGUUCAUCUACGGGAUGAAUGUGACCUGCUAUGCAAAUUGCUGUGUAGAAACCCCACCGUAAUUAAAUGCAAAUUAGGGAGACCGGCGCCGACAUGUAUUUCCUGCUUCUCAUCAUGUCUUGGCGAUGGGGUUGUACUUUUGUCCUCACAAAGCGAAUUUCGCAGUGAUAACCGUCUCAACCAUUCUCUUCACGUUUGGCUGAGUUAUCACCGGCGAAAAAAGCCCCAUCUCUACGGAGUGAAUCAAUAUCGCGUCUCCAUUGCCAUUUGAGUCGGGAAGGAGCAGGUCCUCUCUGCCUCAUUGCACAUCCAGAGGCUGUGCCAUCCAGAGCAAAGCAGAAGGUUGGUUGGCACGCACGCAUAAACACACACUUGCACGCAUACUAACUCGCUAUCUCUCUUUCACACACAGAAAAGCACACACACCUACACACAUGCAAACCCACCUACACACGCUACCACUAUCACAAAAACAGACAAACACCUAACCCCUCAACACACGCACACACACAUUCUCCCAUUACACACUCUCUCUGGCGCACCCACACACCAUCAGCCGUAUUUCCUCAGUUUGGGUCACGAUCUGGCAGUCGUUUGCCAUGCUUAAGGAGUGUCAUAACUUGUCCAUUUAACAAUUACACCACAGUCCAUUUGUCAUUGACUUACUUAGGCCCUCACUGCUAAGCCUACUACUCCCCUCUCACCAGCACCAGCCACCCAAGCAGUCAACACAGGACAGAGAGUCAACACAUUUCUAUAACUGUUACUCAGUCGUGGUAAAACGUCCUAUAAAACAAGGGCAUAAACCUGUUCUCCAAGAAAAGUGGGAUUUUUAUGUAGCGUGGCGUUCAUUGAAAUGUCAGACCAGGGAGACAGUGUGUGCUCUGCUCUCUCUAAAAUGAUUUCACUGUGUUCUCGUUUUUAUUGUCGGCCGCACACUCCUAGGCGGCAACCUUUUUCCUUUAGUCGUCAGGCCAGGAUGUGUUUUACAGCUGUCAGAUGACAGGUGUUGUCACUAUGUUCCCACCAGGCCUCAGUCUCCGUUAACGUUGCAACAGAACGCUCCCCCAUGGCAGUUUGUCACUCAUGUUCCAUCUGCAGAAUUCUUCAUUCCCUGACACAUUCUGAGAAUUCCGAGACAUUCUGAGAAUUCCUCAAACUAUUUUGACAGUUAAGGUUAUUGUUUUACAGAUUCUAUAUCAAAAGCUGCAGGUGGAAAAAGCUUUUGAAGGUGUACAGAGAGCUUCCAGGCUUUUAGGCAGAUAAAAACGCAUUUAUACUGACACAUUAUUCAAGACACAGAGAUAUAACCUCAGUUAUUUAAAACAUUUUUUAUUCAACCAGGCAAGUCAGUUAAGAAUCAAUUCUUAUUUACAAUGACAGCUUACCAGGGAACAGUAGGUUAACUGCCUUGUUCAGGGGCAGAACAACAGAUUUUUACCUUGUCAGCUCAGGGAUUCAAUCCAGCAACCUUACGGUUACUGGCCCAACGCUCGAACCACUAGGCUACCUGCCACCCGAGGACCAAAGAAAAACCAAUGAUGAUAUAACAUUCUGUGUCUAAAGGUUCGGCUUUGAGUUAUGCUGCUGUUGUGAGAUCUUUAGGCGUUAGACAUUGCACCUUCCUCCCGUAAUCAAGAACCAUGAGACACGCAUGGUAGAUUCAUGUUUUCUGUACAUGUAGCCAAUAAGAAUGAGUUAUAUAACUCAUUAUGAGCAGUAUUUCACGUGUCGUUAGGCAAACUCUCUCUGCACUCCAGCUGCAGUAUCCCCCGCUACUCACUAGACUACCUGCAGAGCUCUUUUUCUAAGGUCUCAGGAUUCAGAAUAGAAUACUUUGCACUCUCUGGCAUUGUUUUUGUCUGGGUGUAUGAUUGUUUUGUCUGAGCUCCAGGAAGAGUAGCUCUGGAUAAAGUAACAGCUAAUGGUAAUCCAAAUACAAUUCUGUCUCUCUCGUCUCUACUUCGUUGCUUUUCUGUGGGUGUAUAUGAUUGCUUUGUUUUGUGAUUUGAGUGGACCCCAGGAUCCAGGAAGAGAGCUGUACCCAAAUGAACAAAUACAAUCUUUUCUCUCCAGUCUCUACUUCAGCGUACACAGCCAUCCUAUCAGGAGAAAAAAAACGGACCUUAGAUCAGUCUGGUGAAACUUCAUCCAACUGCAUGUGUGUUAGCCUGACUGGAAAGCCUGAUGGAGACCCUGCUAGUUUACCUGAUGGUCCUUGGCAUGGCUGUAAAGGCCCACAAGGUCCAGCUGUGCCCAAAACGCUGUGUCUGCCAGAUGCUCAACCCCAACCUGGCAACCCUCUGCGACAAGAAGGGCCUCCUCUUCGUCCCCCCAAACAUCGACCGGCACACCGUCGAGAUGCGUCUGGGCGAUAACUUCGUCACGAGCAUCAAACAGCGGGACUUUGCCAACAUGACCAAGCUUCAGGACCUGACGUUGUCUCGGAACACCAUCGGUUCCAUCUCGCCUCACGCCUUUAAAGAUCUGGAGAACCUCAGGGCCUUGCACUUGGACAGCAACCGUCUGACGAGGCUCACCAACGACACCUUCAGCGGGAUGUCCAAACUUCACCAUCUCAUUCUUAACAACAACCAACUGAUUCAUAUCCACACUGGGGCCUUCAAUGAUCUCACGGCACUAGAAGAGUUAGAUCUGUCCUACAACAACUUAGAAAGCACCCCCUGGGUGGCCAUCCAGAGAAUGACCAGCCUCCACACCCUGGGCUUGGACCACAACAUGCUUAGCUACAUCCCUAUAGGAACCUUCUCCGGCCUGCAGAAGCUCAAACGGCUUGACGUCACCUCCAACAAGCUCCAGAAGCUUCCGCCAGACCCUGUGUUCCAGCGGGCUGGGGUUCUGGCCACGUCAGGAAGCAUGGGUCCGUCGUCAUUCGCGUUGAGUUUUGGGGGGAACCCACUGAGGUGUAACUGUGAGCUGCUGUGGCUGAGGAGGCUGAGGCGGGAGGAUGAUCUGGAGACAUGUGCGGCUCCGCAGCACCUGGCUGGGCGGUACUUCUGGACCGUGUCUGAGGAAGAGUUCCUCUGUGAGCCGCCUCUCAUCACCAGACACUCCCAGGAGCUGCGAGCGCUGGAGGGUCAGAGUGUAGCUCUGCGCUGUAAGGCCAGGGGCGACCCAGACCCCAUCAUCCACUGGAUUGCGCCAGACGGCCGGCUCAUGUCCAAUUCCUCCCGGGCUGUGGUGCACAGUGACGGGACUCUGGACAUCCUCAUCACCACUGUGAAGGACUCAGGCUCCUUCACCUGUGUCGCCUCCAACCCGGCCGGGGAGGCUCAACAAACUGUGGACCUGGUGAUCGUCAAACUCCCACACAUCACCAACGGUACUGUGAAGAAGGAACCGAACCCAGGUUCUUCUGAUAUCGCCACGGUAAUGAAGACGGCUGGGGAAGGCGGAAGCGUGGUGCCACUGGGAAACACGAAGACGAGCCAGGAGAAGAAGGUGGUGAUCACUGAGGCAACGUCUACCUCCGUCCUGGUCAGGUUCAACUUCCAGAGGAGUAUACCGGGCAUCCGAAUGUUCCAGAUCCAAUACAACGGGACCUACGAUGACUCUCUGGUUUACAGAAUGAUCCCUUCAAGCAGUAAGAGUAUCCUGGUGAACAACCUGGCGGCCGGUACACAGUAUGACCUGUGUGUGCUGGCCAUCUACGACGACCUGGUGACCUCCCUGACUGCCACGCGGGUGGUGGGGUGUGUCCGCUUCACCACCGAGCCACAGUACCUCCGCUGCCACUUCAUGCAGUCCCAGUUCCUGGGAGGCACCAUCGUGGUCAUCAUCGGAGGGAUCAUCGUGGCGUCCGUCUUAGCCUUCAUCAUCUUCCUCAUCGUGAGGUACCGAGUGUGUAACCAAGGCGAUGAGGAUAAGGCUUUGGAGAUGGGUGAGAUCCCAUCUCUGAGCAGUGAUGGUCAGCUCCAGGGCUGCGGCGUCCCCAAGACCAUGUCCAAAUCUCUGUCCAAGCAGAUCCUCCAGCCAGAGAAACCAGAGACGGAGGACCAGGAGUCUCUGAGGGUGGCCCUUCCUCCUCGUAAACCGGUCAAGCAGCAGCAACCCUCAGCCCCAACCACCACCACAUCUACCAAGCCCUCCAUCCCCGACUGCACUGUCUCUACUUCCGCAGCCAGCCACUCCUGGCACCCUGCCUCCCCGGUCACCCUGAGGCAAAAACGGGCCGAUAUCACUGCCACCGGGGGUCCGAAACCCGGAGAAGCUCGCCGAGCCGAAGGCCAGACAGAUGUGGAGUUAGAGAACACAAACCGUAAUAACUCGUCGGAAGCUAAAAUUGCUGCCGCCUUGGCCGUACCUGUUCCUGCCCGUUCCACAAAAUGGACGCCGGUCGCUAGGCGGCCGCGCCCCCCUGGAGCCUCCUCCCACCAUUACAUGACGGUACCUACAGGGGGUGUGAGGGUGAACCGGCGGCACUCGCUGAACGUGGACUCGUACAAGGAGCGCUGCUAUGUCAGCCUGGUACAGCAGCAGCCAAAACCUGGCGGGAGUUUGUGCUCCAAACGCAGUCUGUCCAUGAGCGGAGAAUUGCCCACGUUGGAGAGUGCAAUGGCAAACAUACGCAGAGGCAGAGACAAGCUGUCCCGAUCUGAGUGGCUUCUCGAAAGCACUCUAUGAUCUGGAUUUCACUGGCUUAUAGGUUCUUUGUUUUACUGGAUUGGAUUUGUGGCCCGUCGUGGAGCAUACAGUAACUUUAUGCCUUGUCUUUUAUCUACAAGACCCAUAGAUUCCUCUUGUAUUUCUGAAGACAAGGCAGCAAAACAGGGUUUUAACAAUGUUUCACAUUUUGUCUUUCUACCUAAAAAGCAAAUAUCCUCUCAAAGUCAUCUGUAUAGCGACUUCGGAUAUAACUUUGAUGAAAGGCACAAAAAACUGUAUAAAGCAACUUCAUGUACAAAAAUGUUGAGUUGUGUAACAUAUAGGCUAACACGAUACACCCGUAAGUGUUCAUAUGGUACUGAAUGCAGUAUACUUGGAAGUCUAGCAUCAUUUAGAGAGGGUGAAAAAGGGAUGGAUGAUCAAGUUUGUUAUAACAUUGCCUGUUACUUAAAGUGAUUACAAUAACUGUGUAGACAAUGAACGGACAUAUUUCUUGUCAUCAGUUUUUCAGACAGUUGGUGACAUGUCUUAACUUGGCGGCGUUUGGAGGAAUUGUGAAUGUGCAGAGAUGUAGAACACAAUGUAUCCAGGUGGUGUCCCAAAUGGCACCCUAUUCUCUAUAGUGCACUACUUUUUGACCAGGGCUCUGGAAAGUAGUGCACUAUAUAACGAAUAGGGUGCCAUUUGGGCCACACACCUCAGUCUAGUGACAGAGCUGGAUCUUUUCAUCAAGCCGCACCAGACACACAGCACAAUGCAACAUUGAUGGCAACCCGUCGGUGUCGAUUGAGCCUAAUACUGCCCUCCGGGUUGAAUCAAUACAUUUUUAUCACGUAAUUACACAUACAGACUCACGCUCAUAGGAUUCCUGUCGCAACUGAUAUGACAGUCUAAACCAACACAGACAGGAUUCCUGUCGCAACUGAUAUGACAGUCUAAACCAGUCUAAACCACAGACAGGAUUCCUGUCGCAACUGAUAUGACAGUCUAAACCACAGACAGGAUGACUGGUGCGAUUCCAGUACGUCAGCAGGUGGAUGGGGAUCCAUAAAGGAUUGGUGGUCCAUUUUCAUGUUUUUUUUACUAUUAUUAAGACAAUUUGUCAUGUCAGGCCAAGAACCGUUGUAAAUUGACUUGUUGGUAAAGAGAAAACGAAAGCCACCAAAACAGUAGGCUAUCUGAGAAGUCGGCUCUUGAUUUUGCUGUUGUUUCUGUUUGAUGUUUACCAGUAUAAAUAAACCAAUGAGAAAAAUCUA